AAACCUAACACGUAACCUCAUCUAAUUAGUUUAUUUUUAGAUGUAAACAAAAACUGUGAAAAGAUAAUUUUACUGAUUAUAAACUGUAAAAAAACAUUUUAAUGUUGUGCUUUUAUUUUUUAUGAUUCUACAGAAUUCGGUGCUGGAAUUUAAGAAAGUGGUGAAUGCAAAGGAGCAGGUGGCUUCUGGAAUGAUGUAUUAUAUAACCUUGGAGGCAAUGGACGGUGAUAAGAAGAAAGUCUACGAAGCUAAGGUCUGGGACAAGCCUUGGUUGAAUUUCAAGGAGGUCCAGGAGUUCAAGCUUGUCGGUGAUGCUCCUCCAGCAGCUUCCAGCACUUAGCUAGGUAGGUGCUUGCUUUUUUGUACAUCUAAUAAUAAUAAUGAUGGAUUAUACAAUAAGAAUAGCUUUUCCCUUUCUCUAAAUUCUUUUUCACCUAAUUCAAAGUUCAAAUCUGAAAUCUUCAAAUUAAAAUCUCAAACUCUUA